CUCCAUUCUCGUUGCCAGGGAGGACGCAAGAUGCGCCUGGAAGACUUUCCCGGCAUUGCGUCGAUCUUGACGCGCCUUGAUGCGACGAAUGUGUCGCGCUCGCAGAAGCUGCUAGACAUGAUCAAGUCGUCGCGUUCGAACCACGAACACUUGCAUAUCGUUGCGACCACCAGCACUCUCACUGACAAGCCAACCCAAGCUGGGGCCUCGUCGAGCCAAGACAAUGUUUUCGUCAUGGCGGCUUUGUUUACGAUAUUGAGUUCGAACGAGUUGGAAAGGGACCGCGAUCCAACGAGUGACGUUCAGCAUCCGACCCCUGUCACGUUGCACGAACUGAUGGAAGCAUGCCAUGUGUACUUGAGUCCUUUCCUGUCGAGCUUCACGGAGCUGUUCAACAUGCUCAUCCUGGACUUGAGCCCUGAUCUCCUCCACCGCGCCAACAUCCUCAAGGAGCGUCUUGCCGCCGCCGCCAUUAUUCACUGCAAGUACGAUCAAUUGUGGGAUCGUCACACAAAGUCUACAUCUCCCGAUGAGGCAGCUGGACGUCGUCGCCAAAAUUUGUACGAAGCAGGAUGGUUGAUAUUCGCGAUUGUGCGCAACCGCCUGCAGUUGCAAGUAGACCACCUCGAAGACCUCUACUACCUGCUCGUUCCUGUACUUAACCUGGUGUUGUCUCAGCUGCAUUCCUCCGGAAGCCAAAAGUCUGUCGAAGCAGAAGUUGCUGCAGCGUUGAGCUCCCUUGGCAACCACAGCACGAACACGUCGUCGUCACAGCUCCUAGAAAAGCUCUGCGCGACACCUCCCGUCAAUCGCAGCGAAGUCGAGCGCAUUAUCGCAAAGCUAGACCACGAACUCUUUUCCCUUGAGGAUGAAGGCGUCCUCUCCAGGUCUCCCAAAGGCGACUUUUUUCACCCAACUGUGUUGGCGGAUAAUGUGCAUAACCUGGCCACGCACUACCGUGAGACCUACGUCGUCCACCUCUACGACCUCGACGAGUCGCAUUUUCUUACGCCAUCGCUCAAGUUGUCCCUGCUUGGCCCUCCAGACGAGUCCCCGCCGCUGCCACCAACAAUACCGGCGUUCUACGCCCCCACUUCGUCUGUCGGGAGCUCGUCUAUUGACCAAGCAUGGCAGUGGCAAGGCCAAUCCAAGCCGCAGCCUCGCGCGAUGACGCCGACUCGCGCCAGUCCUCGCAGCUCGGUGGUGGCGCAAACGCCCGUGACAGCCGCCGUCGAGACCAAUAGCUGGGUUCGAUCCGUGCUAACACCGCUUCUCCCGCAUCCGUCGGAGAAAUUGCGCCAAUAUUUCGAGAAUUGCACGUCCAUUCCAGACGUCGCGGCGACCAUUGCGCAGUUGACGCAAGGGUUGCUAGACAAGUUGUCGUUGCGACCUCCUUCGUCGAUGGCGUUGCAUCAGCAACGACUGCUGCAGAUCGGUGGCGGAGCAUCGAGCAGCAACGUUGAAGGGAGUUUGGCCAAGACGAAGCGCAUGGGAUUGGGUUUAUUUUACAAAGUGCUCGAGGCGCUCCUGGACGCCGAAGCGAAGCGAAUCCAGGCUGUGGACUUUUCGCCGUUGCUGAGCAACCCGAGCUUCACGCGCUCGUUGUUUGCGUGCAGCAUGGAAGUCGUGCUCAAAGCACACAGCUUGGUAUCGAUGGCGUUCCCUCAUCUACUGACCACGUGUGACGUGGACGCGUUUGAUUUUGGCAAGAUCAUCGAGAGCUUUGUCAAGCACGCGCCGCAGCUCCCGUCCGAGCUCAAGCGGCACAUGCGCGACUUGGAACAGACCGUGUUGGACUCGCUUGUGUGGGCGUCAUCGUCCGGGCUCCAUCCAUUGCUGGCAAACCCGCAACUCAAGACGGCUGCGAUUCUGCAACUCUUUUUCCGCAAAGUGCUGGCGCUCGCGGCGAACCGCAUCUUCGUGCUGGGCCAGCACCUGCAGCUUGACGCGCCGUACCUAAACCAAGUGUGGACGACCGUCAAAGAGAGCAUCUCUGUGCACCACUCGCGACUGCUGCGCGACCGCCACAUCGACCACAUCAUCUUGUGCGCGUUCUACGGCGUGUGCAAAGUUAACCACGUUGAACCUGAGGUCACAUUCAAGCGCAUCUUGGACGGAUACAAGCGGCUGUUCCCGACCGUGAGCAAGUCAAGCAUCGUGCGUGAGAUCCCGCUCGAGACACCCGCUUCCAAGGGCGACGUGAUCAAGUUUUACAACCGAUGCUUCAUCCCGACGUUGAAGGCGUUUUUGCUCCAGUUCCAGCUACACGACGAGCAAACGGCGGCCGCCGACGACGCCGUCACACCGUUCCUCACGAGCUCGUCGUCCACGAGUUCGAAUCAACCCAUUAUUUCGGACAACGAAGUCAUCGCUGAGGCUGCAACGCUCGCUGUGGAGCGCCUUCGACAGGCGUCCAAGCCCAAGGUGGCCUUGACCGGCUCUUCUACCCUCGGCGAAUCUCCCCUUCUCCCAGACAUUCAAACCCUUCCCAGGCCAUCCCAACGCGCAUCCCCAAAGCGCGUGGGAACAACCAACUUGUACGUAUCCCCUCGGCGACCGACGCGCCAGCCCCGCAUCCCCAUGACCCCUCGCACCCACGCCAUGUAUGCGUUUGGCGAAAGCUCCUCCGUCGAUUUGGACCUCAUCAACCGCGCGAUGAAUCCGAAACGAGAGCGCGUUGGGUCCAUGGACCUGUCCACCGAUGCAGAUGGGCCAAAGAGAAUGCGAGUGACGCUCGAAUAGGCGCGUGCAGUUCCAAUAAUUUAUGCGCAGACCAACGUAUGGCGAUGGAUCUGUGCGUUGAGAAAUGAGUUGGUGAAACGGAAACCUCGCCGCCAAACGAAGGAUGUUCAUCAGCAUGAAAGGCGCCAUGGCAUUCGACCAACUGUAGACAACGACACGAUUGCUGGACCUUGGUGUCGGCCAGAUGCAAGGAGGGCGCGCUUGGCUGCAACCCCUUCACACUGCUACUGGAUGUAUCGGCUCGCCUAAGCACUGCAUUCCUAGCCGACGUCCCCUCGAUUCCUGGCGUGCCCUCCACGAUCCAAGGAUAUGAACAUAUUUUUGUUUUGUCCGGAUGACGAGUUAUCCGGACGACUCAUUCGCGGGAGUCGUCGAAG